CCCACAUUUUAGCCAAGGAAAAAUAGCAUCACCCACUGCCUCACCUUCUCUUCUUGUUCGUCAAAUGGCACCAAUCUCAGCUCCUAAAAUUCUCACCACCUCAACAUUCUCACGUCUCUCUCUCUUAUUCACUCUAUCCAUUCUCAUGCAUUACUAUUCAUCAGAGGCAACCCUACCUCCACAAACCACCGAGAUGGUGUUGUACUUCCAGGACUUCGCUUCCGGGGCCAACUUCACUCUCAUCCCGGUCGCAGGCAUCGCCGGGAAGCUCUGGACGUUCAGCCAGUUCGGGACGGUGUUCGUCACCGAUGACUUCAUAACCGAGACGCCCGACCAGGACUCGCCCAUGGUCGGGCGGGGACAGGGCAUGUACGUGACAUCGGCGCUGGACGGGUCAAGCACUCACGCCAUGUUCUCGAUCGUGUUCGUCAACCAAGCCUACAACGGGAGCACCCUGUCGAUCCAGGGCACGGGCAAGCAGUUCGAGGCGGUCAGGGAGUAUGCGGUAGUUGGGGGCACCGGGAAGUUCCGGUUCGCACGAGGCUACACGACGUUCGAGACUAUCUCCGUGGACCCGCCGAGGGGUCACUCGGUUAUCCGGUGCAAUGUCACCAUCCGUCAUGAUUAGAGGAGUUUCCAACGCGUUUGACAAAUUGCGUGUGGAUUUAGAGUAUUGGGACCUACUAGUAAAUAAAGUGUUUCCACUGUAAGGCUCUGUCUUCUCGCAAAUGUCAUUUAUAAGAUCAGAAAUUUGAUA